AUGCUGCCCAAGUUCCUGAGUUCUAAGGGGCUGAGAAGGGGGGCUGCAAUUUUGCAGCCUUACAAGGAGUACUUGAACAUUUUCUCCUUCAUCAGCUGCCUGCAGGCGACCCUGCUUCUGAGUGAAUAUGUUUAUGCCGAACAUGUUGGGAGCGUCCUGUUGAAGGCGCAUUCCUUCCAUGUUGCCAUCGAAUUCAUCGAAGGAGCAUCAAGGAUAUUGUCAUCCUUCUAUCAGCGGAAGCCGGCAGACACGGUCUUCACGUACGGGUAUGGCCGAUUCCCGAUCCUCCUGGAAUAUUGCUGUGCUACCGUGAUCGUCAUGCUGUGCUCAACCCUUGCGAUCGACGCGUUGGUGCGGUUGAAAUAUACGACACCUGCACGAGACAACGCCCCUUGUGAUUUCGAACAGAAUCACCUUCACACCACUGAUCUUACUGUGCCGUCCUGCCUGUUUGCCACUUUCUUCCUUGCUAUCGUCACUAUGGCACACAGGGCAAAACAGUUUUCAAACCGUUACAACUAUGUGUAUCAAACCAACACGGACACUGGUUCCAAGUCGCUGCUCGCAGUGUUGGGAAGGAGGCGCUUGAUCUUGAACUUUCUCACAUCCUUGAUGAUUGUUGCUUCAUCGUUCAUGCUGAGAUGGACCAAGCUGAAUGCUGUGGACUCGAUUGCUGGAUUUUUCCUAAUCCUCAUGGUCAUCCCAGCAUUGCAUCAGAUUGUCACCCGCACUUGUCCCAUCUUGCUUCAAAAAGCCCCAGCUGGACCGAGAGCAGCCUUCGACAAGGCCACGAGGGAGAUAGCUACGUUCGAAGAAGUCGUCGAGUGCUCUAGCGAGCAUUUCUGGGUGCAAUCGCCCGGAGUCAGUGUGGGGACUGUCGCUGUCCGACUUCGCAGUCAGGUCGACACACAAGAAAUCUUGAACCGGAUUCGCAACCGAUUUGCAGGGGCCGUGACAGAACUUACUGUGCAGAUUGAGACGGCAGACUCGUUCGGCUCAGCCCCGCGAGUUUACACAAACAGGCCUUACGAUGAUACCAAUCUGACAGCAAGAAUUUAG